UUACGUUGUCGGCCGUGUUCCCUUCCGUCUAGUGCCGUUGCCGUCGUCCGUAGCAUGGCUGACAUCUUUCGCAAGCUCCCGCUGCUGCUUCUCGCCGUCUUCCUACUGGUCGUCGUCGUAGUGUUGCACGUGUGUUUCAUCGGAAACGCGCCGCGGCGUCGACGCAGACGAACUUCGCCGAUGAAGGCCGUCAGGACGGAUAGUGGACAGGGCUCCCCCAGGGGAGGAGGGGAGCAGGUUGUGAGCGGGCGUGUCGCUCGGAGUUCUUCUCCGGCUUGCAGGUUGUCGUUAGGGGUCGGUAAUUCAUCACUGCCGCCGCAUUUGCAACCCCUUCCUGACUCAUCUGAUGAGGAGGAGAGGGAGGGACGGGCACGCACUGUUCCGUUGGGUAGUGGUUCUACGCAGGAAUGGUCUUGGACGGAGCUGUUCGGCGGCAGUGGCGGCGUGCACGGCCAGUCCUGCACUGAACUGCUGGCGCCUGGUCUCGAUGGGGAAGAAGGGCAUGGUGGAUCGAACUUGUCUUCCGGUCUGUCUACAGGGAGGUGUGAAAGCCAGUCGCGCACAGUGAUCGUCAAUCCCCAUGUCGGCGACGGCGGCGGGAAGUUAACCGAUGUGGACCGAUCAUCGAAAUCCGCAGGCGCGCAAAAGUGGCAGGGACGAGCGACUUCCAUCUCUAGGAGCACGCAAGGUCGUCGGUCGUUUAUGCAGUCCCCGGCUCUGGUGUCUGCUGCGUCCAACCUGGGACGUCGACGUGGCAUUGUCGAGGAGGGGGGGGGGUACUUGGACGACGUCGUUGACGACCACGACGGGAGGUUAGUGUGGGCGGAGGAGCGACGGAAGAUCAGGGAGGGGCGAGAGGAAGCAAUCAGGCGGGGGGUGGAGCGGCUGAGGAUGGACAGGCAGGCGGAAGAAGUUGAGGAGCCACAUGCGGGGCUUCCGUCCGAAGACGACGACGACGACGGCGCAGGAGAGGCGGGAGAUGGGAACGGCGGUUACGCCUCGCCAUCGCAGAACAGCGACGGGGGGGGGAAGGGCGGCAAGACGAAGGCGACGAGCGGGAACGGUCGUGGGCCGAAGAAAGCGCAAGCAAAGGCGAACGACGGAGAAGGCGACGGCGACCCAGAGGAGAAGCGAAACUCUUGGAGUGUCGAACAUAUCAUCGCGCUCAUAUGGGCGAAACGCGAUCAGGAUGCGCACUUGCAGGGGAUGGGGCAUGCCUAUGCCCGGAUGAAGCCGAGGGAGUGGAAAUGGAAUGACGUCGCCAGAAGAUUGAAGAAUGUGGGUGUCGACAGGAAGCUGGAGAAAUGCGGGAAGAAGUGGGACAACCUCAUGCAACAAUUCAAGAAAGUUCAUCAUUUUCAAUCGCCGUCCGGGGGAAUCGACUUCUUCCAGUUGAAUGGCAAGGAGAGGGCGAGACACGACUUCAAUUUCAACAUGGACCGCGCCGUUUACGACGAGAUUGAAGGGUCCAGCGGUUUCAACGAAACCAUCUACCCCAAAAACGUUGCCGACACUGGUGCCCGAGGCGGUGUGCGUUUGCCGUCGACGACAACUGCUGAUCCUGAAGCAAUUGGUGAUGCCGACGCCUGUGCGGGGGGGGAGGAUGAGGACGAGGGAUCGACUCGUGGUUCCUCCCAGACGUCGGGCAGCCCCCAUGGUUUCGGAAAGAGGAAGAGCACGCGGCAGCAGACGUUCGAAGCAAUGACGGAGUGCAUGGACAAGCACGGUGCGUUGAUGGCGGCCACGAUGGAGAGUGCCAGCAAGCGGCAAUGCAGCAUUCAACUACGACAAUGUGAGGCAUUAGAAGCUGAAGUGCAGGUGCAGAAGACGCACUACGCCGCGUUCGAUGAAACGCCGUCGAGUAAGCGGAGCGAGCAGGCUGUUGGCGUGGCUAGCAGUUCCCAAGCUGUGGCCGACCCGUCGACGAUGCGUUCCCCUGCGUCGCAGCCGCCCGGGGGGGCAGUUCAGGGUGCGUCUGCCAUGGCGGACGUUGCGAAGGCGGGUGAUGGCGGGGCGGAGGGCGAAGACGACGAACCGCUAGUGAAGAAGCUUCGCGGGCAACGUCCGGAGGCGAAAGUGAUGGAGGUGGCCGCGAGGCUAUGGACCGACGACAUUCGUUCCAUUCCGCAGAAGAAGAUCGAAGACGCCUCGGAGUUGAGGGCGGCGAAGGAAAGGGCAUUAAAGGUGGAGAGCAUUGCGAAGAGGGCCAUCCACGGCUGGAUUUUCAAGUCCGACAGCAGACACAAGGGGUAUCACUUGGCGUACCAGUACGCCUUGAACCACGUGGCGACUGACAUGGCGAGAGCGAUGUGGGCAUUGGAGGACUGGCGUUCAUUAGUCAGCCCGAUGGCGAUUCGAAACAUGCUGGAGUUGGGUAUGAAGCUCCCGUUGUGGUUCGUUGGAGCGAACGUGGUGGACAGGCACCAGCACAACGAGUGCGCGGCUUACCAGGAGGCCAUCUCUCAAAGUUUCGUGCGCGAUUUCACGAAUGUGGUGGAGGUGGCGCAGGCGAUGGACUCGGGGCGUGUGUCUUACGAGCGCCUGAAGUCCCUGGCGGAGGCGAUGAGGUACUUGCUGGCGGCGGCGGCGGCGUGGAUAAUGAGGAUGGCUGGGGACGACGCAAGAUCGCACUUUGACGCCUAGGUUUUCGUGCAGUUGACGUCGAAGUCCACCCUUCUUGCCGCCAUGGAUCGCCAUUUUGACUCC